AUGUGUGGACAUGGGGGCUUGGGAAUGUGCCCCGUGGAGUUUGGGGUGUGCCUGGCGGAGCUGUGUGGGGACGUGACUCACGGGGAUGGGAACAUGGAUGUGAAUCAAUGGCAUGGGGAUGGGGACCAGUCCCGUGGGGAUGGGAAUGUGCCAGUCGGGCCCCAUGGGGAUGAGGACGUUUCCCCCGGGACUGGUCUAUGUCCCGCGGGACGCAGGACCCGAGGGAAGGACGCCAGGGGGGCAGGUACGGUGAAGGACCCUUGGGGGGCGGGGGAGAGGGCAGAGGCCCUGACGGGACCCCCGUGUAGACCGGCUGGGGGGGCAGGCCAAAACAGGGGGCUCAGUAUCCCCCCUGCCUGCCCUGCACUCCUCUCCCUCCCCCGGCUCCAUUUCCAGCUCAAAAGCCCAUUUUUCUCCCCCGGCUCCAUUUCCAGCUCAAAAGCCCAUUUUUCUGCUCCAGUAACUCACUGUGGGGCCCCUGGGCCAGGGCGGGCACGGAGCCCCCGCAGCCCCCUGGCCAGGAAUGGGGGACAUGGGGACAGGUCCCCCUCCUCUGUGCCACCCCCAGCCCUAGACAACCCCUCACCCCCAUACCUUCCCCCCCCCUCCCUGGUCACCUCCAGGAUCUUCGUCAACCGGAGCCUGGCGCUGGAGAAGAUCAAGUGCUUCGGCUUCGACAUGGACUACACCUUGGCCAUGUACAAGUCCCCUGACUACGAGGAGCUGGCCUUCGCCCUGCUGCUGGAGCACCUUGUCUCCAUCGGGUACCCCCAUGAGAUCCUCGCCUACAAGUAUGACCCCACCUUCCCCACACGGGGGCUGGUGUUCGAUGCCCUGUAUGGGAACCUGCUGAAGGUGGACUCCCACGGGAACCUGCUGGUCUGCGCCCACGGCUUCCGCUUCCUUAAGGGGGCCGAAAUCCUCCACUAUUACCCCAACAAGUUCAUCCAGCGGGACGACAUGAAGCGCUUCCACAUUCUCAACACCCUCUUCAACCUCACGGAGUACUGGGGACACCCCCCACCCCCAGGGAGGUUUUGGCCAGACCAUCCAUCCCCUCUGCAGGGCUGCUUAAAGGAGAAGACACUGGAGAACCUGGAGAAAUACGUGGUGAAGGAUCCCCGGGUGCCGCUGCUGCUGAGCCGCAUGAAGGAGGUGGGGAAGGUCUUUCUGGCCACCAACAGCGACUAUAACUACACCGACGCCAUCAUGUCCUACCUGUUUGACUUCAGCGAUGGGCACAAGGCCGAGACCCCGCAGCGCCCCUGGCGAUCCUAUUUCGACCUCAUCGUGGUGGACACCCGCAAACCACUCUUCUUCGCUGAGGGCACUGUCCUGCGCCAAGUCAACACGGAUACGGGGAAGCUGCGCAUUGGGACGUACACCGGCCCACUCCAGCACUGCGCCGUCUACUCCGGCGGCUCCUCGGAUGUGGUGUGUGACCUGCUGGGCGUGAAGGGCAAAGACAUCCUCUACAUGGGGGACCACAUCUUUGGGGACAUCCUCAAGUCCAAGAAGCGGCAGGGCUGGCGUACCUUCCUGGUGGUGCCAGAGCUGGCCCGCGAGCUGCAGGUCUGGACGGAGAAGAGCGAGCUGUUUGAGGAGCUGCGGAGCCUGGACCUUUUCCUGGCGGAGCUGUACCAGCACUUGGACAGUGGCAGCAGCGAGCGCCCGGACAUCAGCUCCAUCAAGCGUCGCAUCCAGAAAGUCACGCACGAGAUGGACAUGUGCUACGGGAAGAUGGGCAGCCUCUUCCGCUGCGGCUCGCGCCAGACACUCUUCGCCAACCAGCUGAUGCGCUACGCAGACCUCUAUGCUGCCUCCUUCAUCAACUUCCUCUACUACCCCUUCAGCUACCUCUUCCGAGCACCCCCUGUCCUGAUGGCACACGAGUCGACGGUGGAGCACGGCCGCCUGGACGCAGGGGAGGCAGGCACGGCUCUGGCACCUUGGCUGGCCCAGCAUGGCCACCCCGGCCAGCAGGUUGCUGGGGUACGCCAGGACUCCAGCGGGGAGGAGGAGGAUGAUGGAGAAGCCUGAGCCCACCCCAGCGCCGACGGCUGCUGAGCUGGCAGUAGCCAGCCCCCAGCAGGGCAUUCGGUGGCCCCGGACCACUUGUGCUGCCAGCCCGAAGCCACCCGUGGUCAGCUACCACCUCCAGUGGCCAAAGGACAGCUGGUGGCCCUAGCCCAUGCCCCAUGUCACACCUCUCCCCGUGCAGCACUGCCCUUCUCCCGACUGUCCCAGGAGUUGGGAGAAGGGCCCCCCAGAGCCCACAGGCUGCCCGUGCCCCCACUUUCACUCAUGGGUCCCCUCACCAGCAUCAGCUGCUUCUCCCAGCCCGCUCGACACCAGCCUGGGGCCGCCCAAUGCCAGGGAGAGCCGGCAGUGCCACUGCUGCGGGUAUCACUGGAAACCUGCUUUGGACGGAUCGGUGGUCCCAGCAGCCCCUGCCCCUCCAGCUUCAGUGCCUGGCCCAGGCACCACGGCACUGGGGCCUGGCUCCUGGUGGAGGUGGGUGGAUGUUGCUCAAGCACAGAAGGGCUCUGGAGGCAACUGCUGCUCCCUGGAAAUCCCUUUUACUCGCUAUUACCCUCUUCUGUUUUCUACCCGUUUCUAUAUAUAAAAGAUGCUCAAACUCCUGGCACCACGGAGACAUAAAAUUGGCUAUUUUAAAGGAAAACUGCUUUGCCCCUGAGCCUGGGAGGUGGGGGCAAAGGGCAAUUCCCAAAUCCUCAGCCAGCAGCUGGGACAAGUGCAAGCCCCUGGGCAGAGGGUGGCAGCCCUGAGACACCCCCACUCUGCCAGCACUGUCCUGCACACCAGAGGAGGGGGCCAGGCCUGCCACCCUCUGCAGACCCGUGCCAGGAAUUCCAGCUACUGCUCUAAGACUUCUUCCAGCAUCAAGGUUUCUCAAUAAAGAUGCUGACCCAACGGUGGUGGUGACUGUGUCAGGAGGAGGCAAAAGGGUGGGAUGAGGACUGGACCACUGUUUGGGGACAGGGACAUGAUGACAGGGCUCCCCUCCACCCUUCAUGGCAGCCGCACCGCUUUACUCCUCACAGCAGGGAAACCAUCCCAAACCACAGCAACAGUCCCUGCAGCAGUACAGUCGUCUGUCCCCCCGCCCCAUCCCACCAGCAGGAAACGAAACUUGUCCAGGCAGG